GCCGCGGCGACCGGAGGAGCCGCCGAGCCCCGCCGCCGCCGCCCGUGCCGGUACCGGUGCCGCUGCCGGUGCCAUGCAGCCCUGGGCGCUGGCGCUGCUGCUGGUCGCGUUCCGGACUGGCGGGACCCGGUCCCCGGCCCGCAACGUGCUGCUCCUCCUGGGUGAGUGCGGCCGCCGGAGCCUCGGAGCCGGUCCCGGGUCCGCGCCCGCCGUGCCCAGCCCUGCGGAGGGGCAUCCCUGCUCCCGUGGGCAGCGCAGGGCCAGCCCCGCGGUCUCACCGCAUCCCUUCCGUGCCCGGACAGUCAUCGCACAGUCCGCACCGUCCCCUCCGGGGAUGCUCCCGGUGUUAUCAGUCACCGGGCUCGGUGCCGCGGGGCUCACCCCACACCCCUCCUGCUGCAGCGGAUGACGGUGGCUUCGAGAGCGGCACCUACAACAACUCGGCCAUCCGGACGCCCAACCUGGACGCGCUGGCCCGGCGCAGUGUGGUUUUCCAGAACGCCUUCACCUCUGUCAGCAGCUGCUCCCCGAGCCGGGCCAGCAUCCUCACCGGCUUGCCCCAGCACCAGAAUGGGAUGUAUGGGCUGCACCAGGAUGUGCACCACUUCAACUCCUUUGACAGCGUGCGCAGCCUGCCCCAGCUGCUCAGCCAAGCACGUGUCCGGACAGGCAUAAUUGGGAAGAAGCACGUUGGGCCCGAGGCUGUCUAUCCCUUCGACUUUGCCUACACAGAGGAGAACAGUUCGGUCUUGCAGGUUGGGAGAAACAUCACCCGAAUCAAAGCGCUUGUCCGGCGGUUCCUGCAGAGCCAGGAUGAGAGGCCUUUCUUCCUCUACGUCGCCUUCCACGACCCGCACCGCUGCGGGCACUCCCAGCCCCAGUACGGGGCCUUCUGUGAGAAAUUCGGCAAUGGAGAGAGUGGCAUGGGCUGGAUUCCCGACUGGAAGCCACAGCUCUACCGCCCAGAGCAAGUGCAGGUCCCGCACUUUGUUCCGGACACACCGGCCGCUCGGGCAGACCUGGCAGCCCAGUACACAACCAUCGGGCGCAUGGACCAAGGGAUCGCGCUCGUCCUGGAGGAGCUGCGCCGAGCCGGCUUCCACAACAGCACGCUGGUGAUCUACACCUCCGACAACGGCAUCCCCUUCCCCGGCGGCAGGACCAACCUCUACCGGUCGGGCACGGCCGAGCCCCUGCUGCUCUCCUCCCCGGAGCACAGGGAGCGCUGGGGCCAGGUCAGCCAGGCCUUCGCCAGCCUCCUGGAUCUGACACCGACCAUUCUGGACUGGUUCUCCAUCCCCUACCCUUCUUACAGCAUCUUUGGCAGAAAGCGAGUGCAGCUCACCGGGAAGUCUCUCCUGCCAGCACUGGAGUCGGAGCAGCCCUGGGACACCACCUUCAGCAGCCAGAGCCACCACGAGGUGACCAUGUACUACCCCAUGCGAGCCAUCCAGCACCAACAGUUCCGCCUCAUUCACAACCUCAACUACAAGAUGCCCUUUCCCAUCGACCAGGACUUCUACGUCUCACCCACUUUCCAAGACCUGCUCAACCGCACCAGGGCCGGGCAGCCGACCCACUGGAACAAGACCCUGCACCAGUACUACUACAGAGACCGCUGGGAGCUCUUCGACUGCAGCCUUGACCCCACUGAGAGCCAGAACCUGGCCCCGGACCCCCGCUAUGCCCCCAUCUUCCAGAUGCUCCGUGCACAGCUCCUGAAGUGGCAGUGGGACACGGGGGACCCCUGGGUGUGUGCCCCCGAUGCUGUCCUGGAGGAGAAGCUGAGCCCCCAGUGCCAGCCGCUGCACAACGAGCUGUGAGCAUCCCCUCUGCCAUGGGACAGCCGUGUCCCACAUCCCUGCGGGACACCUCUGCUCCGAAUCACAAACACUGACUGGCUCUGGAGCAUUCAGGGAUCCUCGUGCCUUUAAUCUCGCCCAUAGGAGCCAUAGGGACAAGCUGCUCCCCAAUAAAGCCUCUGGAGGAGAGGUCUCUGUUUUAACC